AUGGGAGCAGGGGGAGGCGUCACGUGCUGCGGACGCGGGCGCCCAUUGGUGUGCCGGCACUCCCCCCGCCCGCAGCCGCCGCGCCAACGGAGGGCGCGCCGAGGCGCCGCGCGCCGCUCAUUGGCCCGCCCGCCUCAUCAAUCCCAGGCUCCAAGUCAGAAAAUGAGAUCCAAGACUUCUUUGGUGAUGAGGAAACGAAUACGGCUCUACCGAAACGCCCUGAAAGAGCCAAGUAGCAGCUCCGGACACCAUGGCCCCCAGCUCGCUGCCGCCUCGAGCCCCUCGGUGUUCCCGGGCCUUCACGAGCAGCCUCCCCAGGCCUCCCCUGGCGGCACUCUGAAUGGACUCCUGCGUCUGGGGCUCCCCGGAGACAUGUACGCGCGACCUGAACCCUUCCCGCCGGGACCUGUGGCCCGCAGCGACGCCCUGGCAGCUGCCGCCGCCCUGCACAGCUACGGGGGCAUGAACCUGACCGUGAACCUCGCCGCGCCCCACGGUCCCGGCGCCUUCUUCCGCUACAUGCGCCAGCCCAUCAAACAGGAGCUCAUCUGCAAGUGGCUGGCGGCCGACGGCCCGGUGCCCCCGCGCCUUUGCUCCAAAACUUUCAGCACGAUGCACGAGCUGGUCACGCACGUCACCGUGGAGCACGUCGGUGGCCCGGAGCAGGCCAACCACAUCUGCUUCUGGGAGGAGUGUCCGCGCCAGGGCAAGCCCUUUAAAGCCAAGUACAAACUUGUAAAUCACAUCCGCGUGCACACGGGCGAGAAGCCCUUCCCCUGUCCCUUCCCGGGGUGUGGGAAAGUCUUUGCUAGAUCAGAAAAUCUCAAAAUACACAAAAGAACUCACACAGGGGAGAAGCCCUUCAGGUGCGAGUUCCAGGGCUGCGAGCGGCGCUUCGCCAACAGCAGCGACCGCAAGAAGCACUCGCACGUGCACACGAGCGACAAGCCCUACACGUGCAAAGUGCGCGGCUGCGACAAGUGCUACACGCACCCCAGCUCGCUGCGCAAGCACAUGAAGGUGCACGGGCGCUCGCCGCCGCCGCCCGGCUCUGGCUACGACUCGGCCACGCCGUCUGCCCUCGUGUCGCCCUCGUCGGACUUCGGUCGCGAGCCCCCGGCGGCCUCCUCGGCGGCGGCGGCGGCGCGGGGCGCAGACCUGAGCGAAUGGUACGUGUGUCAGGGCGCGGGCCCCGCGGCGGCUGCCCCCGCGGCGCCCCCAAGCCCCGCGCCGCCGCCGGGCCCCGCCGCCUGGCCCCGCCGCCGCCGCCGCCGCCUGUGCGAGGCUUGCUGCUGCGGGUGCUGCUUCCGCUCCGCAGACGGGCAGGUCUAG